AUGUCGUUGAGAGGCACCAAGCGGUCGACUGGAGUGCGGAGUGAGGAGCCUGGCACUUCCAAGCGCCGCAGGAUUGAGCCAGAGGAUGCUCUCUGGCAGCUCCGGCCUGUCAGUGACCUCAAGAUGUCAUCUAUAUAUAAUAGAAGUGCCUCUGAGGCACCUGCUGAACUAUUCAGAAAAGAUCUCAUCAGCGCCAUGAAGUUACCUGACUCGGAACCCUUGACGCCAAGCGAGUAUUGGAUCAUCACAGAUACCUGGAAACAGGAUUGGGAGCGAGGGGUACAGGUGCCUGUAAAUCCUGAUUCGCUACCUGCACCAAAGGUCAAAGUGAUUGCAAAUCCUUUGCCACCUAAUUUUCAAGAAUUUAAACUGCCUAGGGAUAAAUACAUUCAUUUGUCCCGUGACACACACUACCAGUCUGACAAGCAUCAUCUUAGCACAACUCCAGCUCGUGCCGAAGCCGCAUGCAGCUAUGAUCUGGAUGCUACUGAUACAGCAUGGUUGAAAUUGCUGAAUGCAGAGCGUGCUCGAGCUGGUGCUUCAUCAAUAACAGAGGACCAGUUAGAAAAAGUAAUUGAAGACUUAGAGGUCCGUACGUGGGAUAAAAUCCAAGCCAUAAUGAAGUCUGAAGAAGGAUUGGGCAUUGAGUACGACGAAAACGUAAUCUGUGACGUCUGUCGGUCACCAGAUUCUGAGGAUGGAAAUGAGAUGGUAUUCUGCGACUCAUGUAACAUUUGUGUCCAUCAGGCGUGUUAUGGCAUUACUGUCAUUCCAGAUGGUACGUAUGGUCAUGGUCAAUGGCUGUGUCGACCAUGCGGGGCAGGUGUAAGGCCUACUUGUGCCUUGUGCCCGAAUCUUGGUGGAGCCAUGAAAUGCACGCCAAAUGGCCACAAGUGGGCUCACGUAAGCUGUGUACUGUGGAUUCCAGAAGUAUCCAUUGGUUGUGCUGAAAAGAUGGAGCCAAUCACGAAGAUUUCAUCCAUACCGCCGUCGCGAUGGUCAUUAGUGUGCGUGUUGUGUCGCGAGCGUAAAGGAGCCUGUAUACAGUGCUCUGUUAAGACUUGCAAGACUGCAUAUCACGUCACUUGUGCAUUUAAACAUGGACUAGAAAUGCGUGCAAUUAUUGAGGAUGAAAAUGCAGAUGACGGUGUUAAGUUGCGGUCAUACUGUCAAAAGCAUAGCGUAAAUUCGAAGAAAGAAAAGUGCCCAGGAUCUGGUUCAGAGGAGGAGGAAGUAAAACGAAAACGUCGUAAGGAUAUGACCUCCGAAGAGAAGACACAGGCGCGAGCUGCUCGACUUCAAGAGAUUGAACGGGAGUUUGAUCGUCAUGUAAGUGUCAAAGAUAUUAGUGCUCAUCUAUUGGAUGUAGAUCAAGAUGCUAUCAAUUACAUAUAUAACUAUUGGAAGUUGAAAAGACGUGCUGGGCAUAAUAGGCCUUUGCUACCGCCGAAAUCAGAUGACAGUGAAUUACUGACUCAUAGACAAGAACAAGCGGACUUAGAGAAAAUGAAAAAGUUCGUGCAACUGCGACAAGAUUUGGAAAGAGUGCGAAAUUUAUGUUAUAUGGUGAGCCGAAGAGAAAAGUUGUCGCGCUCAUUCUUUCGUAUGCGAGAACAAACUUUCCAUAAACAAGUUGCGGUCUUAUCAACAGAGCCAGAUAUCUCGGGGGCUGAUUUAGCUGCUAUUAUUGAGGCUAACCAUGGACCGUCUAUUUACGACAGGUUAUAUUCUCAUCCUAAUGCUCCUGACCAUAAAAAUGAUUUUGAAGAUCUUCUUGCGCGAAUUGCGCCUCAGGACUCGAGUGAUGAAAAGAAAAAGGACAGAAAUGGACUUGUUAAAGGUUCUAAAGCGUCAAAUCCAUACAAGAAACAUUAUGUAAAUGGGUCACGACGAAGUGGAAGUAUGUAUAGUGGAUUGUCCAGUGAAGACAGUUCGGCCGAAGUUAAUCGGUCCUCAAAAUAUCGAGGUCGGGCUAUUGGAUCCAGUACAGAUGAAGAUGUAAAGAAACCCGUGACAUCGCCAAAGAAAAAGAUAACACCAAAGGGAAAAUGUAAGAGAUCACCGAAGAAACCUGAGAGGAAGAAAAAGAAAGUGCCUCAGUCUAAAGCAGUCGUGGAAAGUAGUAGUGAAGAUGAAUCAUUUAAAACACGAAUGAAAAAAGAUCGAUCUCGUAGUAAGACAUUGCAGCAAAUGGAAAAAGAAAUGGAUGCUGGUAAAAGUGGUUUAUCUUGCACUGAUAGUGAAGAAUUAAUGCCUAUUAGAUCAACCAGGAACAAUAAAUUUCCUAUUGAUAUUUAUUCAGAUAGCAGUGAAGAAGUGACACCAGUAAAAGCUGAUCUCAAACAAGUAAAAUCUGAAAAGGCGAAGGCAGAUAAAGUAAAAUUAGAAAAAAGCCGCUCGGAAGCUUCGCCAAGUGACUCACAACAGCCGUUACCAAGAACUAAGGCAGCUAUGAAAGAAUUUAUACCGGCUCAUCUAGAGAAAAAGUCGGUACCUAUUGAAGACAAACCAGCCCCGAAAAAGCGAGGUCGUAAACCUUCUAAUAAAAAUGCGCCCAUAAACACGCAUGACUCUGAUGAUGAUGCUAAAAAUAAAGAAAACAUAAAGUUUGCCAAACAGAAAGAUAAUCCAUCAGACCUUAUUGUUCCACAAAGACAGGCUGCAAAGAAAGCUUCAGAAAAUAUGCGCUCUACUACUGCUGUCAAGAAAGAGGAAUCAGGCACUGAGAAGCAAGUUAGUGGAGAUGAUUCUAGGUCAAAACCAAAGCUUAAGUCAAAAGGAAAAGAAGUUAAAGAUAUUCCAGCUAAAGUUGGUAGGAAAAAAUCUUCCAAAGAGGUAGAGAAAGAGCCUAUUGCUUAUGUUCCGCAGAGGCAAGCAGCAAAAAAAGCAGCUGCUCACAUUAAGAGCGGUCUCGGCAGACCCAUUGUUGAACAAACAGAUGUUGAUAAAAAGAGAGAACAUGAUAAAUCCGAUUUAUUGAAAAUAUCUCCAAAGAAGGAUGAAGCUAAAAGCUCAAAAAGUCUUCAGGAAGAGAGUUCUUCCUCUUCUUCAAAUUCUAGCAGCAGCAGCUAUACUUCUUCUUCAAGUUCAGAGGAAGAACCAGAAAAACCGAGUCUCAAACCGUCUGCCAAGGCUCGGGAAAUUAAACCGAUUACCAGAAAACCAUCUAUGUUUUCGCCUCCAGGCUCUAGACCAACAGUGGACUUGCCCUUUCUCGACAAGGUGUCAAGACCAUUGUCUUCAACUAGUGCCUCGAGUGACUCUGACGACUAUAAAGAAUCAAGAUUUUCUGGCUCUGGAAGUCCAUCUCCAAAAAGACCGCGCCGACCUCGAAGGGGAAAAAGUAUCUCGACUGAUGCGUACCCACGUAAGGCCCUUGACAAGAAGCUUAAAACUUCCGAACGGGGGUCCGAGCGUAGGGUACCAUCGCCCACUGCUGAAAGAGAGGAACCGUGCCGAUCCAAUUGCACGCGUGCUGCCACACGUUCUCGGACCAGAAGCGUUACUGCAAGCGGAAAUAUGUCUAAUAAGUUUGAUGCCAGACCGAGAAAACCAUCUAAAGACGACACCUGCUAUGCCUCUGGAUCAAAUAAAACUUCCAAAGAGAGCAGCAAGUCCCGUAAAUUUUCAACUGCGGAACGGCAAGAGAACGAGGAGAUAAAGCAAGAAUUGAAACAGGAGCAUUGUGUCCCCAUUGAAUAUGUAGGAAGUGGUAUCAAAACCGGUACAAAACUCCGCCGCAGUUUUUCGAUGGAAGAUAAAGAAAAGAAAGUGACGGCUAUUUCCGAGAGCUUUGUUACUAAAACAAGUUCCGGGAAAAAUAUUGAUGUUUUGGAAAAGAAUAUAACUGCAAGACGUGUGAGCGUUAAAGAGCCUGUGAUUAUUAUUGAUGACUCUACAGAAAGUACUACAAGGGAAGGCCCAGUUCAUGAACGCGAUUCUCAAAAUUUGGCACUUACUGAUCAAACUGCUUUUUCACCUAUCAAAAAGAUUAAUGCAGAGCCAGUUGUAGCAACGGAUUCGAUUGAUAGAAAAUUGCCAUCUACAAUCCCUGAAGAUUUUAUAAACUCGGAUAAACAUUGGUUAGCAAAAGCUCCAAGUCCCCAUGUUCAACCACCACCAGUUGAAAAACCAGGUGGCCACGAAAAAUACAUGACUGAAGAUAAAUCUUUUGAUUCUGAUUGUACCGAUAAAAGCAGUAUCAAAAUGAUCGCUAAGAUUCAAGCCAACCUUAAUGAAAACACUAUGAUUAAAUCUCCCAAGACUCCCAUGGAUGCAAGAACGAUUAUUCUGGAUCCCGUAGAUGAGAAUCCAGCACCAAGGAAUAUAAGAAAGCGUUCAGCUUUAGACCCAGAAAAGAAAUUUAUUAUACAAGAUGCAAGUCAUGUCACUGGAGUUGAAAUUUCUAAGAGUGCUAAAAUACCGUCGGCUGCAAAUUCCUUUGCAAACAGGUCUAUGUUUUCACCCCAAACUAAAGACAAUGAGCUAUUUGAGUUUGAUAUAUUAGAUGAUGAAAGUUUUAGUCAUGAAGAUAUAAUGAAGCCAUUUACUAACUACCCUGAGUUCCUAUUUAAAGAAGAUUCCAAAGAACAAGGCGUUCAAGAAACACUUAACCUUGUGGACAGACUUCGAAUGCAGCUGAGCUCUAAAAAAGCGCCAAUUGAAAAUGUAGCUCCGAAUGAGACAAUUACAAUUAACGAUGACAGUGAAUGUACUGAGGAUGAUAAAACAAGUACCAUGAAUAUUGAUAAAGGUCAGGGUACAUUGUUGUUAAAGAUGCCUACUCCUGCGGAAAUACAUAAUAUAAGAUCUCCUGGCCGUGAAAUACGAAAUAUAAAUCAUAAGCCGCUUACUGGUGAGCAGGAUUCAUCUCAGGAAAUUAUAGUUGAUGAUAAAGACGAAGAAUCUGUUCAUUUAGUUAAGGAAAAAUGGUCCGAUUUGUCAGUGCCUGUGCCGCACAACGAUCAUCGGCUAGAGACCCCUAUAGAACGAAAGUAUAAUCAUUCGAUUUCAUACAACGAAGACACCAAAGAAGCAGUCCCAAUAAUACAUUUAGAUGGUCAAUCUAUUUCCGAAAUAGGAGAUACGAUCUCUUUAUCAAAACAAAGUGAUGAUUCUCAGUCGUUGUCUGUCGUGGACCAUUCCUUACAUAGCAACGACCACGAGUUGACACAAGAUAAUCAAAACUAUGAUAACAACAAUUCGUUGAUACAUUCUGAUUGCGCUACAAUAUCCUCGCCUUAUAUUGCAUUACACGAUUCAAAAUGGAGAGAGAGCAAGAUAACAACCAGGCGUUCCUCUGAUUCAAGUACAAAUUCUGAAGCUUCUGUGUGCUCUCGAAAGACUAUUUUAAAAUCUCAUUUAAAUAGUCGUGACACUCAUCCUGGACCCAUGAUGUCUGACAUAGACCAGUAUGCACCAAUUCCCGCGUACUCUUGUCCUAUUGAACCACCAAUGCCUCUUAACCAAUAUAGCAGUUAUCCUCCUGACGCUUCUCCAUUUUUGAACACUAUGGCAACUCUACCAUUAUUCGCAGCUAGUGCUUGUGCAUCUUCACAGUUAACCCUACCGUCGCCAGGGCCUGCUUUAUAUGCUCCUGGGUUGUCGUACGCUGCGGCACCACUGAUACAACCUUUACCGAAACCCCCAUUUCCUUUAUGUGCGGCAUUUACUACAUCAUCACAAAAUAUAGCUUUAACAACUGCUAUGAUUGCUCCACCAACUCCAAAACCAAUGGACUCACCAAGGGAUGAUAUUGAUGUGACUAGUAGUGAUAAGUUUUCGAUUCAUGUUUCUAGUCCAACUAUUAGCGUCGAUUCUUACAACGAAGCCAGUAAUACAAGACCUGUAACUAAGAUGUCAAAUGAUAGCAAUGAGACUAUGUCAUCUUUACAUCCCCAGGAAUCAAAGUCACCACCGAAAAGUGCUAAGAGUACACCUAAAUUUACGUCAAAAUCUCCCGGUAAAAGCCCGGGUAUAUCUCCUAAACAAAGUGAUAAUGCUAAGGGAACAAAGCGCGCAAGUAAUAGGAACAAUAGAAACCAACGAGGACGAGGACGAUCUAAAAGUCGUGGACAGACUGCUGGUUUCCCUUCUGCAGAAUUUGUGGGAAAUUCUAUUCAAAGUAAAUUAGUUGGUACAGUUUACGAUUUUGAUGAAGAAUUGGCAAAUGAUGGUGUUGAUUUAAAAGCUUUAAGGGAGAAACAAAAGUCGAUUGAUGUAAGAGAUGACAGAAAGUCUGAACAUUCAUAUAAAGACGCAUCGCAGUCACCAAAGAUGUCUAGCCCUCAGAAUGAUAAAAAGUCAGCAACGGAAGUUAAAGAAACUAAAGCGCCAACACCAGAACCUAGGGAUUCUCCUGAAUCUCCCUCGAGCAAAAGUAAUUCUGAAUCCACUCCUGGAUUCUCUCAAGUGCAACCUGUCUUACCUGGACCUGUUGAUAUGCGCACCUAUCAACCAUUCGAUGCACCAGUGCCACCGCCUGUUGAUGCUUUCCACAGCCAUUUACUCGCUUUUGCCAGUGGCACAGCUGAUCAGACUUUAGGAGAUAUAGAUGAGGAAGUAGAGAAACAACUACACAGUGCUCUAAUGGCAAGUAAGCCCAAAGUUGGUGCUUCCGUAGAGGCCUCCACUUCUAGAGUGAAUGAACCAAUCAAAGAAACACCUCAAUUGCCAAAAGUUUCCUUGAGCGAUUCCAGAAACCAAUUGAAAGUGAAGAUAAAGGGGCCAUUCUUGGAUGCGAAUUACUCGGCUAGCUCAGCACCUGUGGCUCCUCAGCCGCCACCACCUGUUCAACAUGAUUCCAAUGCCAAUGUUAACACAAAUACGACUAGCGGAUCGGCGUCCUCUAUGAUGACAGGAUCUACUAAUUUGAGAAGAAUGCGCAAAAAAGAACUAUUGCGGCAAUAUUGGACACAAGACAUGAAUAUGGACGACCCAGCCAAUAUUACAACCCCAGGGGUCCCACCCCCACCAGCUGCACCUCAGCCACUGCCCCGUGCCGUUAUUACUAUUCCAAAGGCCGUUGCUUCUAUGACUAGCAUACCCACACGAGAAGAUUACAAAAUCAUUGAUACACCGGUGGAAAAGAAGAAGCGUAAAGUUUCUGGUGUAAACCGUGAGUUACGACACUUGGAAGUAACCAUGAACGAUGAUAUUGAGCCUUCAGAUGAUCUGAAAUUGUCGAGCUUUACAAGCAAUACUAACCAAAUGCAUAAGAGACGCGGACGUGUCUCUACAAAGCAGCGCAGAUCUUCUGCCACGUCUCCAGUAGCUCCAAAAUUAAAAAUUAAAAUUAAAUCUAACGUAGUGCAGCAAGUGAGCGAAGAGCCGUCCGGCUCACAAUUUCGCCCACCGAAGAAGCGUCUAACAAGCAUACCGAAGCCCAGUUUGGAAGAUUUGCGCCGCGAAAGCAUGAAGUAUAGGCGUAUGGUGAUGGCAGAUUUUGAGGAGAAUGAAAAAGCUAAGAAGUUCAAGCCGAGUAAAAGUGAGAAACGUAAGAAAAAGAAAGACAAGAAAUUGGAGAAAGAGAAACUGCAAGUGGUAAACAGUGAAAGUGAAAGUGCAACAAAGUUGAUUAUAAAGAUAAAACGCAAGAAGAACGAGGCGGGGAAAACGAAACUAGGCGGUGGAGGUCCAAGUGGCGCAGUGGCGGCCGGGCCGUCGGAACCGCCAGUAGACCCCUUCGAGUACGAUCCGACCGCUCCUGAUCCCCUGGCCAUUGAUCCUUCGUUCAGCUCCGAUGCAACGUCAGGAAUGCGUAAGAUACGGACAGCUAAGGUGACACCGAUCAGAUUAAAAUUGGCGCGGAGCGGGCAAGGCUCGGGAUACGUGAUGAAGGAAGCCGGCGAGCAGGACUCCAGCACGGCGAAGCCCACGCCAGAGGCAGCUGCCGCAAGCGCCUCUGCCCCGCCUGUUACGGUUAAUAAACACUGUGAUGUGAGG